UAUCCGUGUAAUUCCGGACGGAACACCCAAAACAUUGGGGGGUGCCGGUGUUUGACUUCCGUGUUGCGCCUCGCGACAGUCCUUUACGGCAGUGGUACUGAUGCGGGAUGAGUCAGGCGUUAUGAUGCUGCUUUGCACAAACGACACACGGAUGACGACGCGGGCUCGCCGUGCGGCCGCCAAGUGAGCGUCGACCGCCGCUUUGUGCGCACCUGUCCCGCGGUCUUUAGCAGCGAGGAGGACCACCUCUCCAGUGCGGAACUUCGGAGCCUACACGCCCGCCUCUGUCGUCGCCUCCAGCGGUUCGCUCAUGGAGCGUGGGCCGGCUCGCAGGGCUUGAACCGCACCUGCCGUCGCUCAGCACCAAGUAGGUUCUGUCAAGGCAUGCUUGGAUGAGUUUGGUGUGGAGGAACAGCUUUGCGAUGAACAGACCCACUCCAAAGUAGCAGCGAAACACAACAUUUUCACUUCCUGCAGAACAGGCACACAAAAAAAAACAGAACCGGUAGAGCGAGAGACAGCCGAGAAGAGCCGAGUCAUGGAGGCCAUCUGGCUCUAUCAGUUCCGUCUGAUCGUGAUCGGCGACUCCACGGUGGGCAAGUCGUGUCUGAUCCGCCGCUUCACAGAGGGCCGCUUCGCUCAGGUGUCGGACCCCACGGUGGGAGUGGACUUCUUCUCUCGGCUGGUGGAGAUCGAGCCGGGCAAGCGGAUCAAGCUGCAGAUUUGGGACACUGCGGGCCAGGAGCGUUUCAGGUCCAUCACUCGGGCUUACUACCGCAACUCGGUGGGGGGGCUGCUCCUGUUCGACAUCACCAACCGCCGCUCCUUCCAGAACGUGCACGAGUGGCUGGAGGAGGCCCGCAGUCACGUGCAGCCGCACAGCAUCGUCUUCCUGCUGGUGGGCCACAAAUGCGACCUGGAGACACAGCGCCAGGUGAGCCGCCAGGAGGCCGAGAGGCUGGCGGGGGUGUACGGCAUGCGCUACAUCGAGACGUCGGCGCGCGACGCCAUCAACGUGGAGCGCGCCUUCACCGAGCUGACCAAAGACAUCUUCGCCCUGGUGCGCUCCGGAGACAUCGGCAUCCAGGAGGGCUGGGAGGGCGUCAAGAGCGGCUUCGUCCCCAACGUGGUCCACUCCUCCGAGGAGGUGACCAAGAGCGACCGCCGCUGCCUCUGUUGACGCGCGCCGGACGUCAAGAAUAACGGACCGUCGGUGGUCAUUUUUGGAUCACUCGUGGGGAAAAAAAAACAACUAAUACGCGCACUUGUCCGGGCUCCCGCAACUCAAGUGCAUCUCCUCCAAUAUGCAAUUCCAUGAUGACCUACACAAACUUGAUCGGGGGUGACUGACUUUCUGACGAAAUGGACUUUCGGAAGGACUCCCUCGAGCGGAGCCGCGUCGCAGGCUCAUAAAAGUCCUUCGAUCCUCACGCGGGCACUUUGCAAACUGUUUCCGGGAGGCGAGGAAACCCGUUAACGCCCACAGGAAGUGUUUCACCAAACCUCGGCCGAGCCCCCGCGUCGUUCAUCACAAAUGAAGCCUCUUCCCGCUGCGGUACAUGGUUAGCUCACACAUUAGCCACCUGGCUCUGACAUCGUCUCCUUUUAAAUGAACCAGAAAGGUGAAGGUUGCUUUCGCUGCUGUCCUGAAAACGAGUAAAAAUUCAUAUAGCCAAUGAAAUAAACCAGUGGACAUUG